AGGUACUGGACGCUACAAAAACUGGUUCAUUUCUGGAUGGCGCUGGCUUCAGUGAGAUGAUCGCAGUGCAUGAGCGCGGAAAUUUGAGGGACCUAAAAGACUGGAUCGAAUAUUGUGCCAUAGGAGAUGCUGACAAAAACUGUGUUUCAGUCGUUCUCGAUUAUUUUGUUGAGAAAGGGAUUAUUGGUAAAGAAAGCAAGUGGUUUGGAAUGAAACGAACUUAUCCUACCAAAGAUAAAGGUUGGUAGUAAUAUAACAUAUUACAUAUAGUGAGUCAUACACUUGAGUCUUGGGCAGAUGUUGAAUCAUUGUUAUAUAGCUACUGCUGAAACUAAACAUGAUUGGCUGAUUUGUGGUCAGGUGGAUUUAUAUAAUCCUGCUGGGCAACAAGUGAAGAACUGUUGCCCGUUCCGACCGGCUACGUAUAUACAUAUAUAAAUGCUCCAAAUGGAGUGAUCAAAAAUACAGAGAGAAAGAAUACAGUUUACGAAAGAAUACAGUAUCUAUAAGGUCCGUUUCAAACGUGGAAUUUUGCAUGUAUGCAUUGAACUUAAUUUGCGACUUCUGAAAUCACGUCAUACUUUGCUCGCAUUAUGCGACCACACCGGUCGAAUUUGGAGUUACGGUCGACCGUAAUUGACCAUUUGCGUAAUAGACUAAAUUUUGAACUAAACAAGUCUAGACAAAAAUUUCAUCACAGCUUGAAGGAGCAUCACAAAAUUAGUAAUAUUCCAAAGUUUCGUUGCAAAAUGUUGUAAAAUGCGGAAAAUAUAGCCUUGCAAACUGAUUUGCAAUUUUCAGUCAUUUUAGAUUACAAACGGGAAAUUGACAGCCCCAAACCCUUCGAGGCUGCCAAUUUCCGGUUUGUAAUCUAAAAUGACUGAAAAUUGCAAAUUUCGCAAGGCUAUAUUUUCCGCACUUUACAACAUUUUGCAACGAAACUUUGGAAUAUUACUAAUUUUGUGAUGCUCUUUCAAGCUGUCAUGAAAUUUUUGUCUAGAUCAAAAUUUAGUCUAUUACGCAAAUGGUCAAUUAGAAACGUCGAAUUUAACUGUUUCAGACAUCGAAUUUCGCAUGUACAUAAUCCAACCUAUUGAAUUCAGACACACGUAAAAUGCGACGUGUGAAACAGGCCUGACAGACUCAGCAGGUAAAACAUUGUAGACAAGUGUAGGUGAACAUUCAGCUGUCGACGUAUUGUUUUUUAGCGCCUAUAAAUGAAACGUAUACUGAAAAGUAAUUUAUAGAUAUAAAUUGCUUUGUAACAAUUGUAAUUAGUAAUUCAUAAUUAAUUACUUUUUGGACGAAAGCAAUUUGUAAUAUGUAAUACUGUGUUGGAGAGGAAAUUGUAAUUUUUACUCACCACUUCUUUGGUAAUUUUCACCACAUGCAGAUCUAAUAAUCAGGGUACAGGGAUAUUUUUCCUUUUUUCUAUUCAUGCUUUAUUUUCAUUUCAGAACCACAAAUACAAUUACUGCUGGAGGUCCGUCGUAUUACGUUGCGAGAUGAGGUCCCAGAUGGUUUCAUGUCCGCGUUGUUGAUCAUCUUACGGUUUGCAGACAGCCUGCACAACACUGAAGAUCCUUUAUUACGAAGAUAUUAUAAUGAUACAGAAUAUGAUAAGGCAAAACCUCGUUUGGACGAAAUUCUUCGCAGUUCAGGUAUCAAAGUCUCAUAAUCCC